AUGAGGACCCGCACGUCGAAUCGCGCCAAAAAAUUCACCCCCCAAAAGUACGACUUCGAAAGCAGCUCCGACGCCGAAGCCCCCUCCCGAGACGCCGCCUCCUCGCAGCGUCCGAAUCCGAAUCCGAAACCCGCCCCCCGUCCACGCCGACGCGCAGCCUCCGCCGCCGCCGCCUCCUCCUCUUCCUCCUCCGCCUUUGAAGCCGCAGACUCCGGCCCGGACGGCAACUCCCCCGACGGCAACUCCCCCGCCGCAGAAGCCGCGCCCGAUGACGACACCGCCGCCGCUGCUGCUGCUCCCGCUCGCCGGGCGGCGCGCGUGAAAAAGGCCCGGCCGGCUGCCAAGCGCCCUCCCAGCGGCUACGUGCAAGUCGAGUCCGUCACCACAGACACCCACAUGAAGGGGUACGUGGGCCCGUACGACCGCAGCAUGCGCGGCCAGACCCUGAUCAGCACGUGGUACGGCCCCGACGCCGACGACGUCCGGCUCGCGCAGAGGCUCCUGGACCGCUGGAUCGGGUGGACCGUCCUGCCGCCCAAGUGGCUGCCCGUCGAGCAGGGCCUGUCCGACACGGCUCCCUGGGCCGCCGCCGCCGACGCUCUCGAACAGGAAGCGCGCCUCUCGCACAGGUGGUGGGCCCGGUUGGCGAGCGAUGCCGCCGCCCGCACGCGGUACCGCGUUCUCGGGGAUGCGGAGCGGAAGCCGUACGAGCAGCCGCAUCUGGGCAUCCGGUUGCUCAUGGGCCCCUCUGGCGCGCAACGAGAAGAGGUGCUUUUCCCCGGCGACGCGUUUGCUCUAUCGCAGGCCUGGAUGCGGUACGGGGAUGACGAAACGCGGGACAAGAUUCCGACGGGCUGGAUCUUGGAUGCGGGCGGCAUAGUCACGGGCAUGGACUGGGCGCGCAAGGCCGACGGUCCUCAGCUGCUUGCUCUGGCCGUCAUACCGCACGGCGACCAGGAAAACUACAACUACGAGGUGGAGCAUCAGAAGCCAGACUUUCAAAGGUGCGGAACGGUACAGGUGUGGGCCUUUCGAGGGGGCGCAGUGCGACAGGUGCCGCGACCGUCUCCGGAAAAGCCGGUCCUUCGAAAGACGGUUUGUCUGCAUCACGGACGCGCUAGACGCGUGAGAUGGAAUCCUGUGUCGAACCAUCUUGCCGUCUUGUGUGGCCGAGGAAGGGUCUGCGUUGUCGAGGUGGAUGAGCAAGGCGAUGAUGAUGGGUCAUUUGUGGAACAUGCCACGGCGUCGCUGAUGCUCGACAACGAGGACAGCAUCAAAGCCACCUGCUUUGCCUGGGCCACCUUCAACCGACUCGUCGUGGGCUACUCGGACGGUUCCAUUGCGCUGUGGUCCCUCCACCCCAGCUGCAUGCUCUCCCGCCACGCCGUCCAUCAUAACCUCGUGGUGGACCUUGCCACGGCGUAUCCGUCGCAGCCGUAUCUUGUGGCAUCCACGCCGGUCGGAGGAACCCCAAAGUUGGUGGACCUGAGCCGCCCGACGCACGAGAGGACAGAGGUGCAGACGAACGCGAUCGCCUGGCAGCCAAACAUGCUGGCAUACAGCGGCCACGUGCAGGGAUUCUACGCGGUGUAUCCGUCCGCCAACGCCCUCAACACCACGGUUGGAUUUAUGCAUCAGCGAUUCUUCCCCAUCGCCAGGAGGAUAUUCGUCGGCGAGAGCUACAACUCCAGUCUUGCUGUGGGCAAGACGCAUCCCUUUCUGUUGAUUGGCACGUCAGAUGGCUGUCUAUGGUCCAUGAAUCCACUGGUUGACUUGUUCCAGAGUCGCCGAGAGCAAAAGGAUCGUCUCCGUCUGUUCCAGCACGAGCAUCGACCAAAACACCUGUUCCCCGGGGACUCGCCCGCCUCCAGCCGCGGCGCGUCGCGGGUGAUGCACGGUUUCGCCAUCGAGAAGGGCCGCAGUGUCAAGGGAGAAGUCAAAGCGCCGGCGGGGAAAAACUCGAGGAAAACCAAAAAGCCGGAUGCUGUUGAUGCAGGCGAGGAAAACGACGACGACGAAGCAGGUGGGCUCACGGAUCCGACUCGAGGCAUCGUCUACGAGCCCUUGUCGAGAAUCACCGCCGUGGAAUGGAACCCCAACCAAGGAUUUGGCUGGUGGGCGGCGGCAGCAAUGGCCUCUGGGCUGGUCAGAGUCAUGGACCUAGGGCUAGACAAUGUCCGUUGA